GCGUCCCAACAGCGUAAUAUAGCAAAACGAAACAAAUACAAAAUUACAUUUAAUCUAUAUAUACGCCGUAAUCCCAAAAUCACAGACAUUAUGGCAGCCACAACAACAACAACAACAGCAGCAAACAAAUCACCACAGCAACAACAGAAAUGUUGCAGGCAGCAGCAUCUUCAUUUAGCAGCAACCAGCAACAGCAGCAACAACAACAACAGCAGCAACCGCUUCAACUUUAACUUCAGCUCCAGCAUAUCCAUCGUGUUUGUUGUCGUGCUCGGUUUGCUGCUGGCGGGGAACUGUGUCAAUGGGCAAAUUGAUGGUUAUAUAGCUGGUGAGGAUUAUCCAGCUUACGAUGCAGUUCCGCAAGGAUUGUCCUUCAACUGCCAAGGACGACAGCCAGGAUACUAUGCGGAUACAGAGACGCGUUGUCAGGUCUGGCAUUGGUGCUUGCACUCUGGACAUCAAUACUCCUUCCUCUGCCCCAAUGGAACCGUCUUCAAUCAAGCUGUGCGCGUCUGCGAUUGGUGGUCAAAUGUGAACUGCGCCAGCUCUGAGCAAUUGUAUCAGAAUAACGAUGAACUGUACCGUAUACCAGAGCGCAAUCAGCAGCAACAGCAGGACGUAUGAUAUAAGGCUGAUGAUGAGUAUAAAAUGGCAAUUGAGAAAGCACAAACAACAACAAAAGCAAAAGCGGACGCAGUGAGUCGGCAACGAGGAGGCAGACAGCGACAGUUUCUGUCACAAAAUAGAAGCAGCAGCAACAAUAACAUAGACACAAGCAAGCACACUAGCAACAGAAUCGUAGAUGACACCGCACCAACAAACUACAAUAAAAUGACCAAAAAUAGUUUUAGAGGCAGUUUGAGAUUCCAAUCAAAUACUCAAUCGUCGUACUCAUCAUCACAGCAGCAGCAGCAACAGCAACAAAAUAAUUUUAGUAAAGUAAAUAGUAAAUAUGAAAGUAGUGAAAAUAGUAGCAGCAGCAAUAGUCGUAAGCACACCGAUAGAAAUAGAAUUAGCAGACCCAACAAUUAUCAAAAUACUAGUAGCAUAGUUAACUCUCCUCCUAGGCACACAACAAGUAACAGCAACAGCAAGAACAACUACAAAAGCAAGCAACGCGGAAGCCACCGUUAUAAUACGAAUAAAUUCGAAAACGACGACGAGCUGAAAGAUUACAAAAGUAAAAUCAAAAAUAAAUUCAACAUUGAUUAUGAUCAUUCUUUAGACGAAGAAUAUGAAAUAAUUGAGGCCAUUGAAUAAGCAAUGAAUGAAAUUCUCGAGAACGUAUCUAAAUUGUUUUGUAGUUGUUUUUGUGUGUUGCAUCAUUUCCAGAUUACCAUUUAAAAACUCAUUACACAAAAUCACUUCAUUAUUAUAAAAAUCAUGUACCUGCAACAAAUAAAAAUUA